AUGUACAAGUGGUUUGAUACCACAUUCCCUACACUUGGAACUCCAGGAGGAGACUCUGAAACCUACAACAACAUAAGAGCAGAGGGACACGAUAUAUGUGAGAAGCCAAGCAAGAUCCAAUGCAGAGCCGAGAAGUACCCAAAUGUUAGCAUAAGCCAAGUAGGCCAAGUGGUGCAGUGUAAUGUAGCAGAAGGGUUGACUUGCAGAAAUGAAGACCAGUCAGGCAAAUUUCCACUGUGCUUUAACUACCAAGUCCGAGUCCUCUGCUGUGAUGAAGAUCUUUGUACAUCUAAGCCUACAACCAUUUCACCAACAACUACAAGACCACCUGUUACAACAACAACUACAAACGCAACCACCUCCACUAUAUCAACGACCACGUUGAAUACAAAACCCCCUAACUGCACAGUUUGUGAGUGGUCACCUUGGUAUAAUGUGGACUAUCCUCAAUUUGGUCCUGGGGGUGGUGACAAUGAAUCAAUUAAAAAGAUUCUAGAAUCAGGAAAACAUAUUUGUGAAAAACCAGUGGAUGUCAUGUGCCAAGCAGUGCGAUAUCCAGGGAUCCCAUUGUCUGAAUUAGGACAGAAUGUAGAAUGUAAUACAAAGGUUGGACUAAUAUGCCAGAACAAAGAUCAAGGCAUUCCUCCAAUAUGCCUUGACUAUGAAAUUAAGGUGAAGUGUUGCAAGACUGUGAAAUGUCAGACUACAACACCAGCCCAAACAACUAAACCUACUGUCACAACAACAACAAUGUCAGCAUCCACAUUACCUACAACAACAAGUAAACCAACAACAAUCACUACUCCUCCAACCUCAACUCUACCUCUAACCACAACUACAACUCCUACCACUACUCCAACACCAAAUACCACAAUCUUAACAUCGACUGCACCACCUACAACAUCAACAACAGAUACUCCCAUCACUACUCCAACACCCAAUACAAAGACCUCAACAUCGACAGCUCCACCUACAACAAAAACAACAACUCAGACUCCCAGCCCUAAUUCGGGUGAAAUGUUGUCAAUGUGGAACCACAACACACAUCCCAACCACCACCACAACAACGACAGGUCCUCACACCACUACUCCUACACCCACUACUACAACCUCAACAUCGACAGCUCCACCUACAACAAAAACAACAACUCAGACUCCCAGCCCUAG